GAUCUUUCAGCCAGAAUGCAUAUGGCCGCAGUGCUGCUUUGUGAUAUCUCUCGAGUUUGUAGUCAUUCGGCUUUAGUGACACAAUAAAGGUUUCUUUUUAUCAAUAUUAUGUAUUUUAUAACUAAUAAUGUUUACAAUAAUUAAAUCGUGUCAAAUACGGGCAUCUUUAAAAGCAUGAAAACGGUGGCAAACGUGCGGGAACAUAAACAAGUUAAACCCUUUUAAUUUUUAAGUAAAUAAUGGAAGACAGCGGAAUAGAUUCGGGUGACCACAAUGGGGAUUCUGUACCAAAACCGAUUCAAAAUAAUGAAAGACUUUUAGCGACCAGCGAUAGUUCGAGCGCUGAUAGUAGUAGAUCCCCAUCUCGAACGGUACCACCAUCGUCAACUAGAACCCUACAGCGCAAACUGGAAUCUAGAAUUGAGCACGCCAGAAGAUUGCACCAAGAGUACCACACAACCCCAGGACUUAUACCGAUACAAAGACUUCCCAUUCCAGGUGCCAGAGAUCAUCAACCUCUCGUCCAGUGGGAUACCGACGAUAGCGAGGAAGACAUAGUAAAUUUUUUUCCAUUAUCACGUAAGGAGUCAAGAGCCCACCAAGAACUGACAGACACGUUUAGUAUAGAGGAAAUGAGUAUAUCCGGCGAUGAAGAAGAGGAUCUCCAUUUGGUACCACCUCAACCGGUUUACAGAAGAUUUGCUUGCUGUCCUUUUCCCAUCUGCGUUGUACUAUAAAGUACCUACCUAUUAUAAAACCAUGGAAUUAUGAGGCCUUUGUACAUUUACAUGUGCCAAAAUUGACAAAGUAAAUGACGAAAAAUCAUACUACGGUUUCAGAUAUUACUUACAUAAAAAAAAGAAUGGACAGAUAAAGUCUGUUUUCUUACAUUUUUAAAAAAACUUAUUUUUUAAUCCAAUUUAGUUUAUUUUUAUAUUUGCCUUAUAUAUAAAUAUUGAGAAAAUGAUAAUUUCUUAUAUUGUUUUUUAAUUUAUAGCCUGUUGAUAAAUUAGAAAGCAGACGUAAUGUAUUAGGUAGUUAUAUAUAAUGUGAUUUGUGUAUCAAGUUGUUUAUUAUAAUGCACUUUAUUGUGCCAAGUUAGAACUUUUUCCAUACAAUGACUGUUUUGC